AUGAAUGUUAAGAUUUGGAUUGCCAGAAAUUUGUCGUGUUCUUUGUUUAUUGGUGAUGUCCCUUGGGCUGUCAUUUUUGGGUUCAUUUGUUGGAAUCCGGCUUUGACGCCCCAUUUAUCGAAAGUAGAGCUCGUUAUUUCUUGGUUGCCUCCGCCAACAGGAUGGGUAAAUAACGAUGCCUCAGUUCGAGGUAGUUCAACGUUGGCUUUUGGAGGGGGUGUUCUCAGAGAUUCGCAAGGGCGUUGGAUUGCUUGGUUUGCAACCAAUUGGGGUUCAUUUUCAAUUCUUGCAGGUGAGCUUUUGUCCAUCAAAAAAGGUCUAGUCCUGGCUCGCUUCAGAGAUUUCAAGGAAAUUGUUAUUGAAAGUGAUAGCUCCUCUGCUGUUCGGCAUAUUCUGUGCGAUGAAGAGCCCCCUGGUUAUCUUCGCAGUCUUGUUAUGUGA